AUGGCAGUUACAAAGAAGUCACGUCGUGCCGCACAUGCAAAGGCAUCUCGUCAACAACAACAGCAGCAACAACAACAACAAAUGUCAGCAUCCAUGUCAUCAGCAGCAGGCAGAAACACCAUAAAUAACAAGAUUGUAAACCUAUCAUUGAGCAAUCCAUCGUUUGAAACAAAUAGAUUGAAACCAGAACCCAUAAAUUCCAUUGUUCAUGAUGAAAGUGACACGAUAUCAUUUAGAAGUUUCCUUUUGAAAAAUUUCAUUGAGAUGGGUAAUUUAAUGAAUGCAUUGACUUGUAAUAUUACACCGCUGGAUAAGAUUAAUGCACCUGAAAUUUUCAUACCGAAUGAGAAGGGAACUAAUAUGGAAUCAAUUUUGAAAGCUAUGGAAUUGAAGAUUGAUAAGGAUUUGGAGGAAUUGGAAGUCUUGCAGAAUGGAAAAAUGCAACAAGAACCAUUUACGCCUAAUGACCUUACAAAUUUCUUUAGUGAUAAGUUAAAACAACUAGAUAAUACAACAAAUGUGAAUGAUACACAAAUAUUACAAGACUAUUUAUCUAAAAAAAAUCUUCGUUCGCAAGAAAAUAUAAUAGUAAUUCAUAGGAACGAAUUUAAUCACUUAAAGCAGGACCCACGAGAAGCACCACAAUCGUAUUGGGAUACAUAUAACGCCAAUAAAAUAAAACUUCAACAAGAAUUGGAAGAGAGAAAACGUUUAGAAGAAGAAGAGGCCAAGAGAAGACAGGAAGAGGAGGCCAACUUUAAGUUACAGCAAGAAGAAGAAGAAAAGAGGAAGAAAGAGGAAGAAUUACAACAACAGCAACAAGAAGAACAACAAAAAUUACUACUGCGACAACAACAGCAGCAACAAGAUGAGGAGAAACAAAAACAGUUAGCCGCACAACAAGCUCAACAACAGCAAUCGCAACAACAGGAGCAACAAGAAGAUGGUGCAGAACAACAAGAGCAACCUGCUAUGCUUGAUAAUAUAUUCGAUGAUUUUACGUCAAAUGGUAAUAACAACGGCAAUGAAUUCAAUACCAAUUUUGAUGACGAUUUUGGUGACCUAGAUAAUGUCUUCUUUUAA